AUGUCGGAAAAUGAAUUUUUUAUAUUUCAGAGGAGUAAUCUAGAUAAUUCAUGUGAAUUUACGGAUAAUUCUAUUGGAUCGAGUUCUAUAAUGGAAUUUAAAAAUAAUGGCAUUGAUGAAACUUUCAACAAGCUCAUUGAAAAUGUCUUUCACUUUUCUUUGAAACCUGAAUUGGAUAAAGAGUAUGAUAACUCAAUUAUUUAUUUACCGGAUAUACUUGAAAUAUUGAAGACCAAUGUCACUAAAGGGACGGAAUUAGAAAUACUUGAACAAGCAAUCUUUGAAAGAACAUUAUUGUCUGAUCCAGAAGUGUAUUUAUUGAAGACUAAACACAAUGUAUCUGUUACAUCACACACUACUGAAAAACAAUGUAUUUUGUAUUUAUUUAAGUGUUUCAUAGAAUUGGCUAUUGCUAAACAAGAAAAUAGAUAUCCAUCAAUUAAAGAAGAUGUUUUUUCUAAAAUAUUUGGUUUUCUGUGUACCAAUGUAUCUACUGCGCUUAAACAACCUGAGCUCCAUAGUACACAAAAUAUUCAUGAGCAGAUUAUAGGAAUUUUUGAAACUAAUAUGGCAUCUUUUGAAGAUUACCUAAUUUUUUUUACUGCUGUUAAUAAACAAAUUAUUUUGGAUGAAGAUAAUGGAGAAUUGCAAAUAAAAACAAUAUACAAACCUAUUCUACAAAAGGUUUAUGACAAUAUAUUAAAAGCAACAAUUAUAUUUUUACCACAUUGUGAAAUUGCAAUAUUGCAAGUAUUUUCUGCAGAACCAUUAUUAGCUAAAAUGCUAAUUAAUGAUUGUUAUGUACCACCUACAUCUAGUGGUUUUAAUUAUACAAAUACAGUGCUUGGAGCCAUUUUUGCAAUAUCAGGAUUACCAAAAAUUCCAGGAGGUAUUUUUGAAUAUUUUCAAAAACCUAUGGAAGAAUUAUCAGGUCAAUUGGAAAGUAACAUAUGGAAUGGUAUGGAAAAUUUACAUGUGCAAUUACAUAAAAUAUUUCUACAUCUCUUAAAAGCUGGCCCUGAAGUAAAACAUAAGACAUUAUCAUGGUUGGGAAGUUGUUUAGAAAAAAAUGCAGGACGCUGUAAAUUGUGGAACAAUGAAAUGUCAAUGUUAGGAUUUAUUUCAGAUGGAUUUGCUAUCAAUUUAAGUGCCGUUCUAUUAAGACUAUGUCAACCAUUUAUUUCUAAUACAGAUAAUCCAAAACUACUAAAAAUUGAUCCUACAUAUUGUGCAGUCCAAAUUCAUAAUGAUGAAGAUAGUAGAGAACGAGGAGUACAUUUAUUAAAAUUAAAUGAUAGUACCAUGCUGCUACCAGUCGAUGAUGAUUCCAGAGAAAAUAAUAAAUCUUUAGAUAAAAGGCCUGUAGCUAAAGGACAGUUUAAUUUUAUUACAGAAUGUUUUUACAUGACUCAAAAAUCAUUAGAAAUAGGUUUUGCUCAAGUUCAAGAAAAAAUGACUAGUAUUAAUCAAGAGUUGGCGAUAAUGCAACAGACUUUUGUAGAAGCUCAGCAAUCUGGUUCGGCAACAUCUGAAGUAAUGAAACAUAUAAAUGAUCGAAUGGAAGGUGAAAUGACAAAAUAUUUAUCUAUGAAAGCAGCUCUUCUAGAACCAUCGACUUUAUACCUCCUGAGUCAAUUUCAAAAGGCAACAUGUGUAUGGCUUACUCAAGUCGUGUUAGAUGUAAACAAAGAUUUUCAAUCAAGUGACCUUCAGUCUUAUUGUCCAAAUAAAUUUAAUGUUAUUGAAUUUCCUUUACCUAAUAUUGUUCCUCUUACAUUAAAAUGUAUUCCAGAAUUUAUUUUGGAAAAUAUUUGGCGGUAUUUAACACUAGUACGUCGUUUUCAUUCACGAUCUUUAGAAGAACCUGGUUUUACAUUAGUUAGCGAACUGUUAAAUACUGUUUUAAUCUUUAUGACUUCUAACAGUCGUGUGAGAAAUCCUCAUUUGCGAGCCCGUCUAGCUGAAUGUUUAGAUUGCUUAUUACCUCAUACAGAUGAAGAUAGCUCUGUAACAAAUUCAAUUGGAUCAUAUUAUAGAGAAAUGCUGUUUUUAAAACAUCCACACCGUAAACAAAUUGUUUACGCUCUUUUGGAUGUAUUUGUUGGCAUUGAAAUGACUGGACAAAGUGUUGAAUUUGAACAAAAAUUCAAUUAUCGCCGUCCUAUGUAUGUUGUAAUGGAUUAUUUGUGGAAAUUAGAAGAACACAGAGAAGUUUUUAAAUCAUUGGCUAAAGAUGCAGAAAAUAAUAUGGAAGCUGCAUCACCCCCUUUAUUUUUAAGAUUUAUCAACUUGCUUAUGAAUGAUGCAGUAUUCCUAUUGGACGAAGCAUUAACUAAUAUGGCUCGACUAAGACAAAUGCAAACUGCUCAUGAAUCCGGCCAAUGGGCUAAUCUAUCUCAAAGAGAAAGAGCACAAAAUAUGUCUCACCUGCAGAAUAUUGGAAUGACUGCUAGAUUUGACAAUAUUCUUGGAAAGGAGACUAUAAAUACAUUUAAAUACCUUACAUCAGAAAUCAAAUCCAUAUUUUGUCAUCCCACAAUGGUUGAUAGAGUAGCAGCUAUGUUAAAUUAUUUUUUGUGUCAUUUAGUUGGGCCAAAGAAAAAAAAUUUUAAAGUUAAAGAUAUGAAAGAGUACAAAUUUGAACCAGCUGAAAUAGUUUUAAAUAUUUGUAUGAUAUAUGUACAUCUGGGAGAAAGUGAAAAUGGUGAAGCAUUUUGUUUAGCUGUUUCUAAAGAUGGACGCUCUUAUAACCCACAACUUUUUAAACAAGCGGAAGAUGUUUUAGCAAGAAUUGGAGGAGCGUCUCUGAUUGUCGGAAUAACUAAUUUAUCACAAAAAGUAUCAAAACUUGCGAUACAACAAAGUAAUGAUGAAGAAUUACUACUGACUGAAGCACCUGAAAAUUAUUUAGAUCCUAUAAUGUCUACUCUUAUGACAGAUCCUGUCAUUUUGCCAUCUAGUAAAAUUAAUGUUGAUAGAUCUACUAUAGCAAGACAUUUAUUAAGUGACCAAACAGACCCGUUUAAUCGUUCUCAUCUCACUAUGGAUAUGGUUAUAACAAAUACUGAAUUAAAAAAUCAAAUUGAUGAAUGGAUUAGAAUAAAAAAAUGCCAAAAAUAAAUAAUUAAUAUAUGUCAUUUAUCUUAUAUUUGUUUAAUUCUAUCUUUGUAUAUUUAUUAUUUACUAUGAUUUAAGGGUAUAGGAGCAAUAAUUGUUUUGGUGGAAAUAUUGCUUUUUUUUAUUAAUGUAUAUCAAAGAUUAUU